GUCGGGACUGAGCGCCGCCGCCAUGGGCCGCAUCCCCGCGCUCCCCGUGGCCGCCCUCUGCCUGGCCGCGCUCUGCGGCUCCGCCGCGGCCACCACAGCGGCCACGUCGCUCGCGGCGAGCGCCCCCCCCUCCACGACCGUUGUUACGACAUUUGAUCUCUCUGCCAAUGCUACUACGGCCAAUGCUACUACGGCCUCUGCCAAUGCUACUACAGCCUCUAUCAAUGCUACUACAGCCUCUGCCAAUGCUACCACGGCUCAUACUACUAUAGCUAACGUCACUAACGCAACUACACACGCACCUCCAGUUACAACUGCCACUUCAGCCCCCAAAACAACCAGUAUACCAGGUACAAGUGCUACUGUGACUCCAGCCCCUUCUCCGCGCAAAUCUACAUUUGAUGCUGCCAGUUUCAUAGGUGGAAUUGUCCUUGUGCUGGGUCUGCAGGCUGUAAUUUUCUUCCUGUACAAAUUCUGCAAGUCGAAAGACCGAAACUACCACACGCUUUAGGACCUGCCACUUUAAAAUGGACUAGUAGCCCAACACCUGUAGUUCACUGAACCAAAAUACCUUCUGUUGCUCAUGGAAGACAGCAGUCCGUAAUAUCCUUUAAAUCUCUGAAAGAAGACUUUAAAAGAAUAUUUUUGCAACAUUAUAUUUGGCGAGAGGUGUUAUGAAUCUCCAACAGGAUUACUUGCAAUAUGCUGCAUGGGUUCUAAUGGCUGUCUAAUUUUUCUUUUUGUGGCUGCUGCUGUGGGACUCUCUUCUUCAAUAUGCCAAAUGUAGACAUUCACAGAUUCUUAUAUUCGGUGGCAACACUGUCUUAAGUAGACAAUCUCGUGGUUACUUAUUGUGAAGGCUAAUUUAAUCAACCUGUGAUGCAGUAUCCCUUCAGUUUUAUCAAGAUGUGAAUUUUUGGUGACUGACUUCAGGGAGUGAAAUACCAGUUUUUACUAGCUUGUGGCCCUUACAAGCACACUGCUAGAAAGGUGAACGGAAUUUGUAGAAGUAGAUAAUGUCUGAAAGAAAUAAAAUAAUAGCCCUUUUCUAACACAAGAAUAAAGAUUGCUUGGUACAAUACUGCAUUCCAAACUAAAAUCCUGUGCCCUUCCCGAUCAGUGCUGAGGGUGGAGAGGGGAUGUAUGGAUAAUCUUCAUGAAGAGGAAAUGAAGAUUAGUGCCUUAAAAGAUUAAAAAGUUAAUAGGCUGCAGAAGGGUCCCUCUUAUCUCAAAGGUGAACAAAAUCUAUUGGGUACUAGCUUUUUAUGCAGGGGAAUGGAAUAUGAGUCACUUCAAGCAUUCCAGUUUCAAAUCUUCCCUCAUUAAACAAGGGCUCCCCAUCAAUCUGAUUUCUGAGGAUGAGGGAGCAUGGUACAGUAACCUUCAGCUCCAGACAGAAGGUACAGCUUGUUCACCUUCUGUUCUGGCCUGCAAAGACCAAGUGUGACACAAGUGACAAGCAUCAGUACAGUUCACUCCUUGCAUAAACAGGCAGCAACACACAUUUAUACUUGAAAUACUGGUGUUAGGGAAGUCAUGAGAUUUUCAUUCUUUAAAUGCUUCUUAACUCUACGUGUUAYGGAUUGUCACUGUCCCACCCUCUACCUACCUGCUUGUUGAAGAAGCAGAAGA